AUGUUUGAUGUACGGGGCGCAUUGAAUAAAGUAAAGGAUACCUUUACGCAUGAGGACCCCACAAAUCGUCGCUCAUCAAAGUCUCCGGAGGAAACUUUUAGUAGAUCUUCUGAUAGGUCUUCGAAUAGAUCUUCAAAGAAAUUUGGUAAAGAGGAUGGACAGGAUGAAGCAGGAGUGAAUAGCUUGAGCUAUGAAAAUGAUCAGGAUGAUGAGAAAUGGCUUUCUGUCUCCCUCAAGGGGUACUCACCGAACACAAAAUGCAAACUAUUAACACCGGAAAUGUGUGAUGAGAUUCGAACAUUAAUGCCUAUGAGGGUGCAGCUUUAUACAGAAUGGAAGUUAUUAUACAGCUUAGAACAACACGGAGCAUCGUUAAAAUCAUUAUAUCAUAACGUGGUACCGCAGAGCAAGAGGCCCGCUAGGGUGGGUUACGUCAUAAUUAUUCAAGAUAGAAGACACGGUCUCUUUGGAGCAUACUGCAACGAGCCAUUUCAUCCAACGGAAAAUAGACGAUAUUACGGUAAUGGCGAAUGCUUUUUAUGGAAGAUGGACAAAGUGCCGAAUGUGAACAUAGGUGAAGAGCGAGAACAUGGUCGUACUCCUGACAAUAAAGGAUCUGAUGAGCAAAGAUGGCAAUUCAGAGGGUAUCCAUUUACCGGAUUGAACGAGUUUGCAAUAUAUUGUCAGUCAGAUUUUCUCUCAAUGGGCGCGGGCGAUGGCCAUUACGGAUUGUGGCUCGACGAUUCUUUAAUACAUGGAGUUUCCAAUCCAAGUCUCACAUUUGGUAAUGAUGUUCUUAGCCGAGAGGGUAAAAAAUUUCAUGUGGUCGCCUUAGAAGUUUGGAAAGUCGGAUGA